GCCGGCGUCCCUUUUUUUGUCCGUCCCACAGGAACCCACAGGAAAAUGAAAACUUGACCCACUUUUUCUUUUAAAUUAUUAUUUUUAUAAGUUUAUCCUAAUAUAAAAAUAAUGGUGGGGGAAGAAAAUUCCUAAUUUAGUUUAGGGUUAGGCUCGCUUUCUCUAAUUUAGGGCGAUUUGGAGGAAAAUUCGAAUCGAAUCGAUAACUUUUGAUGCGAAUUUGGAUUUGUGGGUUUCCUUCUUCGUCUUGAUCGUCUUUUUUUUUCCCUGAAAAAAUCAAAAGAUGGGAAUCGAGGUUUCCGAUGAGCUGUUGGGAACUUUCGUCCCGGUUUUGAUAUAUUGGGCGUAUUCAGGGAUUUACGUGCUGCUGGAUUCGUUCGAGGAGUACCGAUUGCACACCAGGAAGGACGAGGACGAGAAGAAUUUGGUCUCCAAGAGAACUGUCGUCAAAGGGGUUCUUCUCCAGCAGACGAUUCAGGCUAUUGUCGCUAUUAUCCUGUUCACGGUGACAGGGAAUGAUGGCGGAGAUGCAGGUACAAAGCCUUCUUUCAUUGAUCUAGGAAGACAGUUUGUUAUUGCAAUGGUGGUUUUGGAUACCUGGCAAUACUUUAUGCAUAGAUACAUGCACCACAACAAGUUCUUAUACAAACAUAUCCAUUCCCAACAUCACCGACUUGUUGUGCCCUAUGCAUUUGGAGCUCUGUACAAUCACCCUGUGGAGGGACUUCUCCUUGAUACAAUUGGCGGGGCUUUAUCUUUUCUCUUCUCUGGUAUGUCUCCUCGGGCCUCCAUAUUCUUCUUCUCCUUUGCGACCAUCAAAACGGUGGACGAUCAUUGUGGAUUAUGGCUUCCUGGGAACCUCUUCCAUGCAUUGUUCAGAAAUAAUACUGCUUACCACGAUGUCCAUCACCAGCUCUAUGGAAACAAGUAUAACUUCUCCCAGCCUUUCUUUGUUGUGUGGGAUAGAAUACUUGGUACGUACAUGCCUUACUCAUUAGAGAAGAGAGCAGGUGGGGGCUUUGAAGUGCGGCCUAAGAAAGUGGAGAAGGAGAACUGAUUCUUACAUGAGGAAACAUGAGUCUAUAUUCGAUUGUACCAGUGUUUAUUCUUUUUCUUUCUUAGGGAACCACACUGCCUAAAUAUUUUUGUAUAUACAUAUACUGUGUUGUGCCUUAUUCUUUUGUUCUUCUUUUUGGAUGAGUUUUAAACCUUAGUUGGGGAAUUAAGAAUUCAUGUAUUAAGAUAAAUUCCGAGAGUAGCUCCGGUGGUUUCAAUCUUCCACCGGAUUAUGUCAUCGUGAACUACAUUUGCUUU